AAAGAAAAUAAAAAUGCAAUUAAAGUUUCUGCAAACUAUUCUUGAAGCCCAGGAUACAGAUAAUAAAAUAUGUGGCUUGUGUUGGUCGCCAAAUAAUCAAAAGUUGGCUGUUGCAACCUGUGACAGACAAAUAUAUUUAUUUGACGAAAAGGGCGAAAAAAGGGACCGGUUUUCUACAAAACCAUUUGAUCCAGAAGCUGGAAAAAAGUCCUACAUAAUCCAGGGUAUUGCUUUUAGUCCUGAUUCCACCAAACUUGCUGUGGCACAGAGUGACUGUAUUGUUUAUGUUUACAAAAUUGGAGAGAAAUGGGGCGAAAAAAAGGCAAUUUGUAAUAAAUUCCCUCAACCAUCCCCAGCAACAUGUCUAUUAUGGCUUCUAACAGGGCCUAUCAUAAUAGGCCUAGUAGAUGGAAAAGUAAGAGCCCUUCAAAUAAAAUCGAACAAAUCUCAGAGUUUAUUCGCAUCGGACAGCUUGGUGGUAUCCCUGGCUUCUAACUCUAAGGGUACAGGGUUUCUCUCAGGGCACAUGGACGGCAAUGUGAUACGAUUCUUUAUAACACACGAUAAUGCUGAAGACGAGGCACAAGGUAGGAUUAUUUUGCAUUCGGUGCCUCCAUAUGCCUUGGCGUGGCCUCAAGGAUACGUUUUUGUUGGGGGAUGCGACAAAAGGGUUUCUGUCUAUAAUAAUAACGGAAAACUCGCAAAGAAUUUCGAUUACAGUAAAAAUAUGACCGAGUAUGAUUUAAAUCUGGCUGUGUGCAGUCCCAGUGGCCAAGCAGUUGCCAUAGGAAGUUUUGACCGUUUACGUAUUUAUAUUUGGAAUACUAGGAAGUCGAUUUGGGAGGAAACACCUCCAAAAGAAAUUAAAAAUCUUUAUACAGUUACUGCCUUAGCUUGGAAAAGGGAUGGUUCCAAAGUAACUUGUGGUGGGAUGUGUGGCGCAGUAUUACAAUUUGAAUCAGUCUUAAAACGUACAGUUUGGAAAGACAAAUUCGAAAUUACUUAUGUUGGACCAAGUCAGGUUCUGGUGCAACCCUUAAAUUCAAGCGAAAGAGGUGUAAUCUUAAGAUCUCAGCAUGGUGGCGAGAUAGAGGACGUUAAAAUAAUGGGUAAAGAUUCAUACUUAGUUGCUAGGACAGAGGAAACUUUGUUGGUGGCCGAUUUAAUAAGAAAUCUACUUAGUGAGGUUCCGUGGAAUAAUUCUGGUCGCCACGAGAAAUUUUACUUCGAAAACUCCACAGUCUGUUUGGUUUUUAACGCAGGCGAGCUAACUUUGAUCGAGUACGGCGAUAAUGACAUAUUAUAUUCUGUAAGAACCGAGUUCGCAAAUCCUCAUUUAAUUAGUGUCAGAUUAAACGAAAGGAACCAAAAUAUCGAUAACAAGAAAUUCGCUUAUUUGAUGGAUCUCAAAACUGUUUGCAUAGUAGAUCUUGUUACUGGAGUUAUGAUUGGACAAAUAAACCACGAUUCGAAGAUUGAUUGGCUUGAGUUAAGCGAAACUGGACACAAACUAUUGUUUAGAGACAAAAAACAAAGGCUUGUUCUAAUUGAUACACACACUCAUGCCAAGCAAACUAUUUUUACGGAAGUUGGAUUUGUGCAAUGGGUGGAAGGAAGUGACGUAGCUGUAGCCCAAGCAGGCACUAACUUGACGAUAUGGUAUAACAUCGAAUUACCAGAAAAUCCAACUAUAAUGACAGUUAAGGGUGACGUAACCGACAUAAUAAGAAACAAUGGAAAAACCGAGGCUGUAUGUGUGGAUGGUAACAACGUCAUUAAUAUCGAGCUUGAUGAAGGUUUGGUAGAAUUUGGGACUGCAAUAAACGAUAACGAUUACAGUAGAGCGGUUCUGUUUCUGGAAUCGAUGGAAAAAUCAUCUGAAGCUGAAGCAAUGUGGCACACUUUGUCUUUAAUAGCUGUUAAACAGCAAAAUCUAAUGCUUGCUGAAAGGUGUUAUGCGGCAAUGGGAAACGUUUCAGUUGCGCAUUAUCUUCAUGAAACAUCAAUAAUUGGACAAAAAUACGCGGAAGAUUUUAACGAUAGUCCUAAUAAUUGUCCAGAGAUAUGGGCACGAUUAUCAAUUUUAAAUGGAGACUUGAGCACCGCGGAAAAUAUUUACUUGGAACAAGGACAUAUCCAGAGUGCACUAGAUAUGUAUAAAAAAUUGCACAAAUGGGAUGAAGCUUUAAGAUUGGCAGACCAAAGAGGAUACAAUAAACUUAAAGAGCUUAAAGAAGAGCACAUGUCUACCUUAAUGGAAUCGGGGCAAUUUGAAAAAGUCGGUAAAGUUUUAGAAAGCCAAGGGAAAUACGAGGAAGCAUUAAACAUGUACUUAAAAUCAAACAAACUACUUCGUAUUCCAAAUCUGAUGAUACAACAUUCUGAGCUAAUGGAUGAUCAUAGCGUUGUAGCAAAUGUAUUGAAAAGCUUGCUUAAAAAUGAUCACUAUGAAGCUGCAGCCGAAAUAUAUGAAAAACUCGAUAAAUGCGAUUUAGCAAUGGAAUGUUACAGAAAAGGUAAGGUAUGGAAUAAAGCAGUGGAUCUUGCAAGAAACGUAAAUCCAAAUGAAGUUGUUCAACUUGAAGAAGAAUGGGGCGAUAGUUUGGUAGAAAAUAAACAAAUGGAUGCAGCCAUAAGCCACUACAUCGAAGCUGGUUGCACUCUAAAAGCACUAGAUGCUGCUGUUAAUGCAAGGCAGUGGAAAAAAGCUGUUCACAUAAUUAAAGUUAUAGAUGAGCCAGAAAGCGUACAAAAGUAUUACGAGCUCAUAGCCAACUAUUUUUCAACCAUUAGAGAUUAUUCCACUGCAGAAAAACUGUAUAUGGCUUGUGGUAUGUAUAAAGUAGCAGUCGAUAUGUAUAACGAAGCUGGGCAGUGGGAAAAAGCACACUCGAUAGCUUCACGGUAUUUGGAUCAAAACGAAGUAGCGGACAUGUACAUCAAGCACGCCGAGCAAUUAGAAGAAGCCGGAAAAUUUAGAGAUGCUGAAAGAUUAUACCUGUCAAUCGAUUCACCAGACUUAGCAAUAGCUAUGUACAAGCGCAUCGAGCAAUACGACAACAUGGUGCGUUUGGUAGAAAAAUACCAUCCUAACCUCUUACAAACUACACAUCUACAUUUGGGUCAGCAACUCGAAAGUCAGGGUAAAUACAGGGCAGCCGAGAUCCACUACUUGGCAGUAGGAGAAUGGAAAGCGGCCAUGAACAUGUACAGAACUUUGAGCAUGUGGGAAGAAGCCUACAGAGUUGCCAAGCAAAACGGAGGACAAGUAGCUGCGAACCAAGUUGCAUUUUUGUGGGCCAAAACACUGCCCAUUGAUUCAGCUAUUAAGCUGCUUAAUAAGUAUGGAAUAUUGGAUCAAUGCAUUAAUUACUCUUGCGAAACAUAUCAGUUUGAGUUCGCAUUUCAAUUAUGCAAGUAUUCCCCAGAAAAAGUAAAUGAGGUUCAUUAUAAGUAUGCAAUGGCUCUAGAGGAUGACGGUAAGUUUUCUGAAGCCGAAGCCGAAUUUAUUUUGGCCGAAAAGCCCAAAGAAGCAAUUUUGAUGUACGUUCACGCACAAAACUGGAUAAACGCGUUAAGGAUAGCGGAGACUUACGAGCCAGCUUCGGUUCCGGAAGUUCUUCAAGCGCAAGCAUUUCAAUGUUUCGAAGAUAAGCAAUAUUCUGAGUUUGAAGUGUUGCUCUUACGAGCACAAAUGCCAGAAUUAAUUGUGCAGAAAUAUAAAACGUCAGAAAUGUGGGUAGAUGCAUUAAGAGUAUGCAAAGAUUACUUACCUCAUCUUUACCCUUCACUACAAUCCGAGUACAGCAGUUCACAUCACCACAAAACUGCCGACGUAAAUAUUGAAACCUUGUUAAGUAGGGCCAACGAAUGGGCACUAGCGGGACAACACAAGCAAGCUAUAGAAUGCUUGCUACAAGUUAACACUAACAUAACAGAGGCUUCAAUUGUUAAAAGGGCAUUGCUGAGGGCUGCGGAUAUGGUCAAUAAGUUUAUGUUUGGCGAAGAAGCACUUGAGAUAAUUAAGAUUUUGUCGCCGAGACUAAUCGAAGCUGGGGAGUACCAAAUAGCAGCUCAAUUGUAUGUGAGCAUGGAAAUGAUGAAGGAGGCCAUAGAUACGUUUAUAGUAGCAGAAGAUUGGAAUAAGGCUAGGAAAGUGGCAAAGGAAUUGGAGCCUGCUUAUGAGAGUUAUGUUGAUACCAAGUACAAAGAUAGGCUGCUAAAGAAAGGCGACGUCGAGCAACUUGCGGACGUUGACAUUAUUGGAGCUUUGGACCUACUGGCAGAACAAGGCCAGUGGGCAAGGUGCAUUGAGAAAGCUAAAGCACAAAGCAAACCUAUUCUUCAUAAAUACGUAGCUUUAUACGCUGCUAAACUGUUAAAAGAUGGAUUUAUUAUUGAAAGUCUUAAUUUGUAUGCUACGUAUGGGGCCCCGGCAAUGCCGCAGAAUUUCAAUAUUUACAAUCAUAUUGCCACCGAAAUUUUUGCCACACCUGGAUUGGACAAUGGCGAAAGUUAUACUGUUUGGAAUCAGCUGAGGCAAAUGCUACUUGAAAUCAAUGAAGGUUUAGAUGUUACACAAGCAGCAAAUAAUGAGACUAAAUAUCAUUUUAGAAAUUUGUUGUUAAUAAGUCAUUAUUAUGCGUUAAGAACUUCAUGUAGGCAAGUUUCAUCUCUAAAGUCUAUUGCUUGUAGAAUAAGCACAGCAUUAUUAAGAUAUACUGAUGUUAUACCAGCUGAUAAAGCAUUUUAUGAAGCAGGCAAAGAUAUGAAAGAAGAAGGGCGCUUAUCUGAAGCAUUUGUUUUCCUAAACCAUUAUUUGGACUUAUGUGAAGCCAUAGAGGAAGGGGAAGGCCAACUAGUUGACCAUUCGGAUUUGGCUCAAACCGAUUUUCCUUCAAGUAUUCCUUUACCAAGCCACUUAUACCUAAGCGAAGACUUAAAGGAACACGACAGCAUCCGAGAAUGGAUUUUGGCCAUAAGCAUGGACCAAAAAAUUGACCAAACUCUACCUGUGGACGAUCGUCAACUAUACGAGAGCUCGCUUCAAUCGGGCGAAACGCCUUGUUUGGUGACCGGAUAUCCGGUUAGAAAGCAGGCGGUGACUUUCUCAAAAACCCAGCUUCAAGCGAAUAGAGACGUGUGGUCUAAAUUAAAAAUGGGAGCAAAGAUGGCACCAGAAUCAAAUGUUUCCAAUGUUAUUUCGUUUAUGACAAAAUGGUGUGGAUCACCCAAUGUUUAAAAUACAUAUUAUAAUAGUAAUUACUAUUGCAUAAUUUGUUUUUAAGGGUUAAUAAAUGCUGAAAUUAGAUUUAUGUUUAAAUAAAAAUCAAGUUUGCAGGCAACAAUUUAUUUAAAUCAACAUUAACAAGAACUAAAAUAAAACCACCUUCUAAAAUCGUGUUCAAAAAUGUAAAUCUUUUUGCAAAUUUAGAUGUACCUAUACAGAUUGCUGGGUAAAUUAAAUUCAUUUAAUUUUCUUUUUUGCAUUUUUUACCUAGUGUUGAGUAAUUAUUUAAAAUAAUUUUACAUAAUACUGAUAUAAUCUACUAAAAGUCUACAUGCAAGAGCCACUCGUUUUUUACUAUUAGGAUUUACUAGAUCAAAUUAAUAUUUUUAAAUAAAAAUUGUAAAUUGUUUUAUAUUUAUAUAACUAGAAACUAAUAAAAUAUGCAAUUAUUUCCUACUGCCUUUUAUAUAAAAUUUUAUGUAUAACAUAAAAAAUCAACACCAGGUAUAUAUUAUGAAUAACUUUGCAGAUAACCCAAUUUUCAAAACACUUAUGUAAUUACAGUUUAAAUGAGGUCCUUUUUUAUUUGGAUAUGACACAAUUAUAUUUUGAAAAAAAAAUUUAAAUAUAAAAUUUUUUGCUUUAAAUUAUAAUAUACAAAAGUUUAUGAUAUAUUCCUAAAUUUGUUAGAUCCAAAUAAAAAAACAGACUUGAACCUUUGGUUUAUGUCAUUUGUUAAUUAUAUAAAUUAACUGUUGAUGUUGAUAAACCACUACUUUUUACAGUAAUGAUGAAUAAUUUAUAUUUUUACAGCCUAUAUAGUAUCUUAAUAAUAAAAAGCUUUUUCAAAACCCCUUUUUAUUAAAAACUGGAAUAUCUUACAGUCUGCUACAGUAUACCAUCAUAUUUAAUCUUACUUUGAAUAAAGUAAAUUUCAUCUAAAUACACCUAAACUUCAAAACACUCAAAUUAUUUGCAUAGGAAAAUGAAUUUAUGAAUGUAACAGAUCAAAAAUACACGUGAUAAAAUACGUAACCAGUAAAUUAUGUGCAUAUCACGCUAAAAUUAGGGAUAAAACGAAGAUCAAACUUUACAUAGAGAAAAGAUUUUCUGCUGAUGGUAAAGGUGCCAGUCCGUCAACCACGUUUGGGAGCUGUGUCAGGUCGGGCAAGUUUUGAAUGUGGGAGUGUAAUUCGCGACGUACUUUAUAAACUUUGAUUAAUUUUUCUUGGUAUUCCUAAAAAAU